AGCAACUUCGUGAAAUCUGUCAUAGACAAAAGACCACAUUUCCCAGAACACACUUCGAUUUUGCGCAUACGUAAUCAGGAGCGGUAGCAUGGCGUGUAGAGUGUAGUCACGUGGAGAUGGUCCACCUCGAUUAUGUCCAAACAGAACGUGAGUGAGUGAGUGAGUAGCUACUACUAGCAGUCUGUCUGUAGGAGCGCCGCUGGGCUGCUUCACCGAUUCAUGUUGUUUUUUUAGCCACGCGCCCCUUUAAACUUGACAAUUUUAUCGAAGAAUGAGUGAUAACGAUGAUAUCGAAGUCGAUAGUGACGAAGACUCACCGAGAUAUCACAAUGUGGCAGACAAACGGGCACACCACAAUGCGCUGGAGCGCAAGCGUAGGGACCACAUCAAAGACAGCUUUCACAGCCUCCGGGACUCUGUGCCUGCCUUGCAGGGAGAAAAGGUUGGUAACAGUACUGGUGCGCACCAAAACAGCUCUACCAAACAGGCGUCUCGAGCUCAAAUCCUAGAUAAAGCCACAGAGUACAUCCAGUACAUGAGACGAAAAAAUCACACGCACCAGCAAGACAUCGACGACUUGAAGAGGCAGAACGCGCUGCUGGAGCAGCAAGUGCGUGCUCUGGAGAAGGUGAAGGGCUCGGCGCAGCUCCAGGCCAACUACUCCUCGUCCGACAGCAGCCUCUACACUAACCCGAAAGGCAGCACCGUGUCUGCGUUUGAUGGCGGCUCCGACUCCAGCUCCGAGUCUGAACCCGAGGAGCCCCCCAACCGCAAGAAGCUGCGCGUGGAGGCCAGCUCGAAAGCGCCCGGCGCUCCGAAAAGCAGGUGAAAAGGCCGGAGUCGCGGCCUCACGGGAAAGGCGAGAGGAAGCCUUUAAACGCGCUCGAGGCUCUUUGACCUUUCCACCCGAUGCCCACCGCAUACCCACUGUCCUUGCGCCCAACCCUGCCCUCCCCCUUCUGGGUGGGCUCCCACUGGAGACUCAUGACCCCUCCUCAAAACUCCUCACAACCGCCACCACAAUCGUCUCCAAGAACAAGGAGGGUGGAGGCCAGCGGGAUGGGAGCUCUUCAACGUCCCCACCCCCCAAUUAAUAUUUUAUUCUUGCAGCAAUCCAACCCCCCCCCCCCCAAAAAAAGAGGCAGCUUGCUUCUCCACUGUAUUUUGUUCACUUUGAACCUAGACACACACCAAAACAAUUUAUCUUUUUGAACUACCACCAACACGUAUUGUACAUUUGCUUUUUCCACUUAAGAAUGUGAAGACCCUCCAAGGAGAAAUGUUUAGUGACACCCACCUCAGGCCCACCGGAUCUCAGAUGUUUUCUGCUGCAACACAUUUGUUAAUGAGAAGGAAACAAAAAAAAACGUUCCUAUUGUUGAAAUUGAUGUUUUGAAAUAAUUUGAAUAUUCCUAAACUUGUAUUGUAUUUUGUCCUUUAGCUUGAAGUAGUGAAUGACUUUAGGUGGCUGAAUACAUUAGGCAGCUUGUUUGAUAGACAUACAAAAAAAAAAAAGACUAGUGAUAAUUGGAUGUUUUCAAGCUCAAAUGUAUGUUACGCAUUUUGUAGUCAUCUCACGGAUCAUGGAAGAUAUCACUCAACCGAAAUGUUCCAAAGUAGCUCCUGUCGUUUGCAGUCCGAGGAAGCCAAUGAAGCCCCACUCCCUUGUUGAUGUGUCGUGCUUUACAAAGUUCUAAAAUCCGUGUUGCUGAAGCCUUCCCCAAGAAAACUU